CGCACCUCCACUUUUUCUCCUUUCUGUCAUUCCGUUUUCCUCCAACAACGUACGGAGUGGCAUAGAAAGCACAUUAUAACAACCUGCUAAUCCUAAUUCCUAUUCUUCUUCUCUGUUUCUGUGAUUUUGCUUCUCAAUUCCUUCAUUUCUUCACACCCUUCUGGGUUCAGAUAUCUAAUUUGUGUGUAAGCUCGCGAUGGCUUCUAAUAUUGGGAUUAUGGACAGUGCCUACUUUGUGGGGAGGAAUGAGAUUCUUUCCUGGAUUAAUUCGAGGCUUCAGAUUAAUCUUACACGCAUUGAGGAGGCUGCAUCUGGAGCGGUGCAAUGUCAGAUGAUGGACAUGACCUACCCAGGAAUUGUUCCAAUGCACAAGGUGAAUUUUGAUGCAAAGACGGAAUAUGAUAUGAUCCAAAAUUAUAAAGUACUGCAGGAUGUUUUCAACAAGCUUAAAAUUGACAAGCAUAUUGAAGUCAACAGGCUUGUUAAGGGUCGGCCUUUGGAUAACUUGGAGUUUUUGCAAUGGUUGAAACGUUAUUGUGAUUCCGUGAAUGGUGGCAUUAUGAAUGAGAAUUAUAAUCCUGUGGAACGCCGAGGUAAAGGUGGGAAGGAACGGGGUACUAAAAUUUCUCAAAGGACUACAAAGUCACUACAAACGAACAACUCUCACGGGCAAAAUGUCGGGGAUGGAAUAGGCUCCACUAAGAUUUUGGAAUCCAAGCAAGCCAAGCCACGCGCAGUACCAGCUGCAGCUGAUUCUUCAGCAGAGAUCCAGUCAUUGUCAAAGGAGGUUACAGAACUCAAACUCUCUAUAGACCUUUUGGAGAAGGAAAGAGAUUUUUAUUUUGCAAAACUACGUGAUAUUGAGAUUCUCUGCCAGGGUCCUGAAAUAGAAAAUGUCCCGAUGGCUGUGGCAAUCAAGAAAAUCCUGUAUGCUGCUGAUGAGAAAGAGUCUGCGCUAGAAGAAGCCAAGGAAAUAUUAUACCAAUCUGGAGAGGCCGAUGAAGCUGAACUGGAGGAGGAGGAUCACGAAGAAGAGUAAAAGAGAAAAGUCGAGAUUGUGGGUGCUUGCCGAUGAGGGUUAAUAAGCCAGUUUAGUAAUUCUUCCCCAUUACUUUAAAAUUUGUGAAACUCUUUUAUCUUUCAGCUCUAGACGCCUUAACAUCAUGUAUUAUGUCUGGUAGCUCCAUCGCGUUCUUGCAAAUUUUCUGACAUUGUAGCCUGAAUUACUAGACUUGUGAUGCACUGGAAAUCUAAUUUGCAUCUGUGUAGUAAAAAGAUUGCAGUAACAGAGUCUGAAAGGCGACCCCAACUUGUUCAUAA